AUGAAUGGAAUUUGUGUAGAAAAUGAAUUUAUUCAAGUUACAGAAGUUGUUCCGGAAAGUCCUGCCCAUAUUAGUGGUGUUCUACCUGGAGAUAUUAUUGUUUAUAUAAAGCAAGAGUGUGUUCUCGGCACAUGGAGGGAAGAUGUUCUUACACUUUUGGACUCUUUCCAAGUCGGUGACACUGUGAAUUUUCAACUUUGUCGUGGCUACGCAUUGCAAGAGACGGUGGACAGUCGAAUUUAUAUAGUUCGAGGGAGGGAUCCUUCAAAUCUUUUUGCAUCAGCCACCCGUGGCGGUGCUUGGCACUAUUUGUUGGUUGAUAAAGAUAAGAAAGAAGCUUUUCUUGAAAAUAUCGAGACGGGCAAUUUGGAUGUGGCAGAAUAUGGAAAAGUUUUGUGUUCAGGGUGGGGAGAAUACCCUCCACAAGACAUUAAAGUUAAAAUGAAUGAAGAAUAUGGGACGAAGAUAGAAAUUCACAGCCACUCAUAA